AUGUCUCAGUCUCGGUCUCACCCCACAACAACCUUCCAAUUCCCACCAACCUACUCCUUCCCCCCCUUCUUCACCCCCCAACCAAACAGCACAACCCGCCUCUCCCAGCUCCAGAAAUGGUCCUCGCUGAUCCAAUCCUGGUGCCGCCAUCAUCGCAUCUACCGCCUCUCACUAAUUGAAGCGAUUGAGAGCCCGCUCUUCCAUAAUGCUACGCUGCGGAAACGGUUGAAUCUGAGCGAGGCCAGGGCCGUGCUGGACUGGAUGGCCAAGCCUGAAGAGGAAGGGGGCGGCGGGAGACGGGCGGAAUGGAUCGAUGGGGGGAGUAAGUCUGUGGCAUGGAUUUGGUGGAGGAGACCUGAGGAGUGGGCAGGGAUUGUGGCGGAUUGGGUGGAAGCGACAGGGCAGAAAAAUGUUGUCCUGACAGUAUACGAGCUGCUGGAGGGAGAGGCUACGAUGUCGCAAGAAUGGCAUGGGAUGGAUGCAGACGUGAUGCUCAAGUCUCUGAACGUUCUUGUAAAACGCGGCAAGGCCCAGGUUUUCGGCAGCGAAGGCCAGGAAGGUGUCAAGUUUUUCUGA